GCUUAAAACCAUUUUUUGGGGGGGUGAAAAUCCUGACAUGCCUAAAACUUUUGCACAGUACUGUACACACACACACAUUAUACACCGAUGAUAAUGGACUCAUGUUGCCACAUCAACAUGUAUUGCAUCAUGUGACAACAAAGCAAGCAGAAUUUAUAGUAUUUCACAAUCACAUAUUGUGCAGUACAUAGUGAAGUAUCCAUAUAUUCCUUUCAAGUUUACAUAUUGUUUGUUUUUUUGUGGUACCACUACAAUUAGGACACAAAAAGAGGGGAAAAAAGGACUGAGCUGUGUAUGUGUCUCACUGUUUUCUGGCCAGUUAUUUAUAAACAAAAGAUGCAAGUAAUGCCAAUAAAACUAUAUUGGAUCCAAAUGUCUCUUGCUUUCUCGUGCAAAACACGGCUUUAGUAUAAAUCUGACUAUACAAGUCUCUGUAAGAUUGCCAGCUGACAUUAGUUCAAGAUCUGAGUGUGUGGCACAAGCUCAAUACAUUUUCCCUUGACUAUGAAAUUUGUAUUUCGAACAUGACUAGAUCAAAUUAGAGAAUUUAUUAAAUGUUGUCCCUUUGUUAUUACCGAAAAUCGGGGUUUCCACUGCGAACCGUGUAGCUAAUAAACGAGUGAAAAACAAGACUUUCUCAAAUGGCAAAACAUCUAUUGUUUUAUAUAAAGCUAAUUAUAAUUACUACAGAUUGUACACCUAAAAGAAAACUUAAAUGAAAAGGCUGUGACAUAUGUGAUUGAGGCAUAUUAUUAUGUCAUAAAUGAAACAUAACGCGCUCGAUUCGUUCCAAUGAGGGCGCGCGUCGCGCGUACUUACAUCUACUGGUACUUGUUUUUCAUGUUGGUUAGGGGCGUGCAGUUGAGGACAGAGAGGGCGGCUCUUGAGCUUGCCAGUCUCUUCAGUGGGGGCUGGAUUUAAGGAAUGCAGCACUUGUCAGGCAAUCUUAAUGACACUUGUACCUCAGAUCACCACAGUUAUGUGGACUACCAGAAUAUGAUCAGUGUCUCUGAAACUUAAAUGCAUCGUUCCUCUCCAGUCUAAGUGUGCUCACUUGGGGACUCCCGAUCGGCUGCAUUUUACGCACGAGCAUCCGUGCGCAAUGAAGCACAGGGUAGCGCGCGCUUCUCCAUAUACCUGAGAGAGCGUACGCGCUUUUACGCACGAGAAUCACAGCUCGUUUCCAAGCACAACCAUGGUCAACACGUCGCACCAAAUCACGGCGAGCAACGACACCGACCCGUUCGGCAGGAACGAAGACGUGGCCAAAAUGGAGAUCACGGUUUUGAGCGUCACCUUCCUCGUGGCGGUCAUCGGAAAUCUGUCCGUGCUGCUGGCCAUGCACAACACCAAGAAGAAGAGCUCGCGCAUGCACCUGUUCAUCAAGCACCUGAGUCUCGCGGACCUGGUGGUGGCUUUCUUCCAGGUUCUUCCACAGCUCUGCUGGGAGAUCACCUUCAGGUUUUACGGUCCUGACUUCCUAUGCCGGAUUGUCAAGCAUCUUCAGGUCCUGGGGAUGUUCGCAUCCACUUACAUGAUGGUGAUGAUGACAGUGGACCGCUACAUCGCCAUUUGCCACCCUCUGAAGACCCUCCAGCAGCCCACGCAUCGCGCCUACAUCAUGAUCGGGUCCACUUGGCUCUGCAGCCUGUUGCUCAGCACCCCUCAAUACUUCAUCUUCUCCCUGAGCGAGAUCCAGAACGGCUCGGAUGUGUUUGACUGCUGGGGACACUUCAUCGAGCCGUGGGGCAUCCGAGCCUACAUCACCUGGAUCACCGUGGGCAUCUUCCUCAUCCCUGUAAUCAUCCUCAUGAUCUGCUACGGGUUCAUAUGCCACAGUAUCUGGAGGAACUUAAAGUGCAAGACCAAGAGAGGCUCUCCACACAGCACUAAGAACGGGAUGAUUGGAAAAGCGUCUGUCAGUAGCGUCACCAUCAUCUCAAGAGCUAAACUAAGAACGGUGAAGAUGACAUUCGUGAUUGUUUUGGCGUACAUAGUGUGCUGGGCUCCGUUCUUCAUCGUGCAAAUGUGGUCAGUCUGGGAUGAAAACUUCUCCUGGGAUGAUUCUGAAAAUGCAGCAGUGACCCUCUCUGCCCUGCUGGCGAGUCUCAACAGCUGCUGUAACCCGUGGAUCUACAUGCUCUUCAGCGGCCAUCUCCUCUACGACUUCUUAGGCUGUUUCCCCUGCUGGAACAAACCCCAAAACACAUUCCACAAAGAGGACUCGGACAGCAGCGUCCGGAGGAACACCCUUCUCACCAAGCUGACCACUGUCCGGACCAAAGAUGGCUUCGACUCUUGGAAAGACCCAUGCAACUCCCGAAAGUCCAGUCAGUCUAUAGGGUUAGACUAUUCCCGCAAAUCCAGUCAGUGUUUGCAGCUUGACUCUUCGCGCAAGUCAAGUCAGAGUGUGCCUGUGGAGUCCUAGGAGCCCGAUGGGAUGGCGAUAAAUAAAGACAUGAAAAUAAAUGUGUAAAUAAAAGAUUAUAUCUAGUAAUACUGUUUUAGCACACAUAAUGAAUGAGAAUCUACAGAGGAAUGUUGUGUUCAUUCUUAUAAAUGAUGCAUUUAUUUUACAGCACAUUAUGUCAUGGUGCACUUUCCUUUAUGGCUAAAGUCUGUGACUUCAGGUUUGUGUUUAAUAUUGGUGAGAACUUCAGCUUCAUUUCUUAGGCUGAUGUGUGUCUUAUUUGUUUACAUCGAUAACAUUAAGCUCUUUAUAAUUGGGUGGGAGCAAAAGAGUAUAUCUUGAGUGUGUGGACGUGUCUACGGAGCCCCGCACAUGACAUGCAGGAAAAAAAAAAAUAGUAGGCUAAAUCAUGUGAACGAUUUAUAAAUUGAUGGAACAAAAUAGUGUGCAUGAUUUAGCAAUUCGAGGCAACGAAAUAGUAAAUUGCGCGCGCGAUUUAGCAAAUCGAAGGAACAAAAUAGUAAAUCGCGUGCGCGAUUUAGCAAAUCGAAGGAACGAAAUAGUAAAUUGUGUGCGCGAUUUAGCAAAUCGUAGGAACGAAACAGUAAAUCGUGUGCGCGAUUUAGCAAAUCGAAGGAACAAAAUAGUAAAUCGUGUGCGCGAUUUAGCAAAUUGAGGCAACGAAAUAGUAAAUUGCGCAAGCAAUUUAGCAAAUCGAGGGAAUGAAAUAGUAAAUCGUGCGCACGAUUUAGCAACUCAAGGGAACGAAAUAGUAAAUCGCGUGCACGAUUCAGCAACUCGAGGCUACGAAAUAGUAAAUCGCGCGCACGAUUCAGCAACUCGAGGCUACGAAAUAGUAAAUCGCGCACACGAUUCAGCAAAUCGAGGAAACGAAGUAGUAAAUUGCGCGCACGAUUCAGCAAAUCGAGGCAACGAAAUAGUAAAUCAUGUGCAUGAUUCAGCAAAUCAAGGCAACGAAAUAGUAAAUUGUGUGUGCGAUUUACUUUUUUUCCUGCAUGUCAUGUGCGGGGCUCCGUAUGUGUCAGUGUUAUGACUGACUAAAUAAAAUUUUAGCACUGGUGUAUAGCUCUAUAUCUUGUACUGGUCACGCCAAUCUUUAACUGAGCAAAACAUGAGCUUGUCUGGUGUUUGGCGAACUAUUUAUGCAAAUAUAAAGGAUUUUGUUGUGUCAAAAAAAAAAAAAAAAAAAAAAAAAAAAAAAAAAAAAAAUGUAAAGAGAAUAAAUCACAAGACAUGUAAAUAUAUAAAAUUCUUAACAAGAGUAAAUAAAACAUGCCAAUUACAAA